AUGGGAACCAUUCUUCUCCCCCACCUCGUCACGGGCUGGCACGUCGACCAGGCCAUUCUCAGCGAAGACAACCGCCUCGUCGUCAUCCGCUUCGGCGACCCAACCAACAACCCCGACCUCGACAUCAUGGACGAAGUCCUCUCCAAAGUCGCGCCCUUGGUUCAGAAAUGGGCCGUCAUCUACGUGUGCGACAUCUCAAAAGUCCCCGACUUCAAUCACAUGUAUGACUAUUCCACACGCCACCGAUACUAA